CGUCCAACUCAGUCCAGCUGCCCAAAUCCCGUUACUAGUGUGACCGCAACAGCCCCCUACUGCACGCUGAUUGGACCACAACUCAGUUAGGUCUGUGUGCUGUGAGAUUGAAAAAGUAGUUUCGGAGUUUCGGGCUUAAUUCCGAGAUUGUUUUGUUUCCAGUGUUGUAAUGAUGAUUUGGCUGCUUUCAAUGAGAAAGAAAAUGUGAAGAGAUGGACUUUAUGACGAUAUUCGGAGCCAUUUUUGUCGUUUUUUGCCACACGGGCUCUACAUCUAAACUCUUCAGUGGCCAGCGCAUCUGUCGGCGAGGCACAGAGAGGCCGUGCUACCGGCUGGCUCACAUCCCGGACCCGCGGCAGCGGGUGAGCUAUGAGGAGGCGCGGGAGGCGUGUCGGGGCGACGGAGGAGAGCUGCUGAGCUUGGAGACGGAGGACGAGCAGCGAUUGGUCGAGCGCUUCCUCCAACUGCUCUCCGGAGACUUCUGGAUCGGACUCCGCCGGAGCCUCCGGCACCGCGAACCCGGGACCAGCUGCUCCGCACUCUACUACUGGGUGGACCGCAGCCCGGCCACAUACAGGAACUGGCAGUGGGAUGAGCCCUCAUGUGGGCGUGAGAUGUGUGUGGUGCUGCACCAGCGCCCCUCUCAGGUGGGCGGGGUCAACUACAAGUGGAACGACAUCAGCUGCAACCUCAGACACAACUUCAUCUGCAAAUACUCAGACGAAAAGAAAUAUGAGGUCAUCAUCACUCCGGCCCCCUCAGCGGUCAACCCAGAGGCUCCAGUUAUCUCUGUGACACCGAAUCAACGCACCGUCACCGGGGACGACAGGGAUGUGAGAGCUGGUGUCUCUGAGUCAUCAGUGUCUUCCACAGAUACGACCCUCAACAUCCUGCUCAUCACCAUCCCCCUCCUGCUGCUGGUGCUACUGCUGGGCUCUGGCCUCUUCUGCUACAGGCUCAUGGCCAACAGGAGGAAGGAGCCGUCGGAGCCCAUCUAUGCCAAGCCAGGCCAGUGGGUCACAGUGGGCAGCAGUGACAGUGCAGGCAUCCUCUUCUCACAGCAGGGGGCACCAUUGAGCAGCCAGCGCCCCCCUGGUCACAACAGCCCCUCGUUUGGCAUCUCUGCCCCUCAGGGGGCACCACUGAGUGCCCGCCGUCCCUGUGCCCCAUCCAGCGGUCAGUAUGAGGACUACGAGAAUGUCCCCAGCAGCAAGGAGCAGGCCAGUGGCUUCGUCACCAACGACAUCUACGAGAGCUGCAGGAACCCCAGUGCUGUGGAGGCAGGCUGGGUGGAUAAUGAGAUUUAUGGAUAUUAAACACACACACAGACACACACACACACACACACACACACACACACACACACACACACACACACACACACAAACACACAACUCAGAGAUGUUGAACACUCUGUCUCUCACAUACACAAACACACUCUCUCACACACACUCACACACACACACACAGUAACACUCAAACACACACUUCACAGAUGAACUCUCUCACAUGCUCACAUAACAUACACUGCUCACACAUACACAUAGUACAGAUAGGGAAUGCUGUCUCACAUGCACACACACACACACACACCCAACCGUCAGGGUCAGGGUGCUAAAAGCGCUGAGAUGUUCCUACAACCACCUCUCACACACACACACACACACACACACACACACACACACCGUCCUGCCGUCCUCUUCCUGUGUGGAGCCCCAUGUCCUGGAACGGGCCGAUCCAAGCACACACACCCAUGGCAACACCGUGACCCAUAACCCCUCACCAUGUUCUACCUCCGUGUGUGUGUGUGUGUGUGUGUGUGUGUGUGUGGUCUCUCUAGGGAGCCUUGCAGCUGAACCCACAUCAGCGAGAACAAGAACUGUGUGUGUGUGUGUGUGUGUGUGUGUUUGUAUGUGUGUCUGUGUGUGUGUGUGUGUGUGUGUGUGUGUGUGUGCUGCCACUCUGCGGGUGCAGAGUAGGACCGUAGCUCGAUGCACAUGAGAGAGGAGAGUUUCUUAUCAAAUCCACUAUUUUCAGUUGUGCUGCCUUUUAACUCAAUUACGCUUGACAUCUAGUGGCUGGUACUUUAUCAAGAUACUUUAUUUCCUGAAUUAUAGUAGUCAAAAACAGUGUGAUGAUCUGCAAGGUAUUGUAAAAGUUAAUAUGAUAUUUGUAUAUUACUGAAAAAAUAUGAAGCUAACAGAGGAAUUCUUUUCCAUGAAAUACUUUUUAUUGCUUGAAGUUGUCUUGCUUUGCUGACUUAAUUAUUUUUUUAUUGCAUUGCAUAUAAAAUAAAGCCUAAAGCGACCAAACUGGA